GCGGAAGUAAGCAGAUUGCGCAUGCGCGAGCAUAGUUAGCAACAAAAACUUUUUCAAGAAAUGUCUUACAAAAUACUGUUUUAACGCUAAUUAUCUUCAAUAUGACAUUGAAUCCGUUGGCGAACCCGAAGGGAAUAAAACUUCUGUGCGAACUUUGCCAAAAACCGGCGUUUAUACAAUGUACAAAAUGCAGAGUCACUUAUUAUUGUGGAGUAGAGCAUCAGAAAACAGACUGGUUGGGAAUACAUGAGAAAAUAUGUCAACUCUUAAUUCCACUCAGAACUCAAGUGCCAUUUUUGAGUUCAGAGGAAGAGCGACAACAUCGGAAAGAUCAACUAGUGCAGCGUCAAAGGCAAAUGAUAGAUCUCACGAGGACCACGGGACAGAAAUUACUGUUUGAAGGACGUCAUGAACAAGCUGUUCCUGCAGCAAUGCAGUCAUUAAGAUUUGCUAUAGAAGUCCAUGGUUUAGCCAGUAUAGAACUGGUACCUUCAUAUCUCAUCCUGGGAGAAGCUAGCAUCGGUUUAGGUAGACUAGCGCAGGCUGAAGAGUAUUUGUCCCAGGCUAACUGGACAGUUGUGAAGACUCCUGAAUGUUCAAAUGCAAUCAAAUCUAAACUCUACAGAAACCUAGGACUUCUGUAUGCAGCUAAAGGAGAUUAUGAUGAAUCUUUGAGACAGUUGGCUGAUGAUAUUUUCCAUGCAUCAACUGAGUUUGGCACAGAUGACAUAAGAACUUCUGGAGGAUAUUUUCAUAUGGCCAAUGUAUUCUUCAGACAAAACAAAAUGGACAUUGCUGAUUCUCUAUACGAAAGGGUGACAAACAUAUGGUAUGACCACCUAGACAAAAUAGUGUCCAUACGUACAAAGACACCAGACACUCCUAAAGGCCCACUCUCUAUAGAAACUGAUACUGAAGAAGAAGAAGGCCUUGAUGAAGCCCAGGAAGCUGAAGCCAAACAGGUGUUGAAUGCAAUUUAUGACAUGAGGGAACAUCAGUCCAACCAGACUCCCCACACACUAGCCAAAUCUGCUCAUGCUUUGGCUAUGCUAAACUAUGUACUGCAUGAUAUUGAAAAGGCCAAAGAAUAUGGACGUAAAGCCCUAGUGUCUACAGAUGGUAAUCCUGAGGAAGGACUGAGUCAAUCUAUUGUUGAGUUUAUGAAAGUUUUAAUGGAAAAUUAUUAUGAAAAACGGAUGCUGGCCAAAGCGCCUCCAAUACACAGGAACUGGAUUGAGGAAUCUGAAAAGGAUUACGAAGAAUUGGACAUUGGACCUGACAUCACGAUUAAGAAAUAUAAUGAUGAUGAUGAUACCGAUGAAAGUGAUGUAAAUGAGGAUAAUGAUGCCAGGAAUAAUAUUGAUGAAACUGAUAUAAAUGAGGAUAGUGAUGACAGUGAUGAUAAUGAUGAAAGUGAUAUAAAUGAGGAUAGUGAUGACAGCGAUGAUAAUGAUGACAGUUAUGAAAUUGAAGAUAUCGAAAAGGAUUCAGACGGAAGCCCUAACAUUGAGAUUGAACCAAAGUGCACUGAGGUUCAAAACGUUGUAUUCUUAAAAGUUCACAAAACUGGAAGUACAACAAUACAAGGGAUAUUCCAAAGAUAUGGUUUUGUGCGCAAUCUUACAUUUGCACUACCUGCCAGAAGCGUAAUAUGGUUCAACUAUCCUAACCCCAUUUUACCCUAUAACAUAAAACCUGCCCCAGAGGGUAAAAUGUACAAUGUACUGAUGAACCAUAUGGUUUUUAAUGCAACAACUCUGCAUCGCGUUAUGCCACCUAGCACCAAAUACAUUGGGGUUCUCAGAGAGCCAAUCAGGAGGCUCGAUUCUGCAUUCCACAUGUGGAGCAUUCAUAAACGUCUAGGAAUCAAUUCAAGUAAUCCAGUUGCAGAGUUCCUGUCUAAUACUGAUUUCUACUAUGCAAAAUGUGACUUUAAUCCAUGUUGGAGAUCUAAAAAUGGCAUGUCCAAUGAUUAUGGAUAUAACCCUAGCAUACAUGCAGACAUUGAAGCCUUCGUAAAACAUAUUGCCACUAACUUUGAUAUGGUGAUCAUACUUGAAUACUUGGAUGAAUCCUUAGUGCUAAUGAAACGAUUGUUAUGUUGGUCCCUAAAAGAUAUCCUCUAUAAAGGGUGGAAAAUCAGAGGAUAUGGUUCAAAAUUUGAAGAAUACCCACCAAAAAUCAUUGAAAGCUCCAAAAAGUACAGUCCAGUGGAUUAUGCAAUGUAUGACCAUUUUAACAAAACCCUUUGGGAAAAGAUCAACUCUGAAACUGACGAUUUUUACGAGGAGGUUGAACAAUAUAGAUACAUAUUAGUUGAAACUAUGAAGUACUGUAACAAAUGCGAUAGUUCUCCAAUGGUUUUUGAAGCUGGGAAAUUUCACGAUAAAUUUGAAUUAACGAUUGAGGACUGUAUGAUGUACAAACUGCAUGAAGCUAGUUUCUCCCAAGUUAUCAAACACAAGCAGUAUGUCAAUGGAUCUAUGGUACUCUCUGAUUUUUUCCAGGCCAAGGGCUAUACUGAAUGUUCUAAAACAAAUUUGGAAAAGUUUGCCAAUCGUUCAGGGAGUAGCUUUAAUCUGUCAAUGUUGGCAAAUGAGGACAAUUCUGAAGACUAUCAAGUGUAAAUACAGACAAUUUGAGAAAUAUCAAGAAAUGAUGCGAAAUGAUGAGGAACUCAGUGGAUUUUUAGAAUGCAAUGAUGACUAUUCAAGGUGUACAUGUAUCAACAUUUUGAUGAUGACAAAUUAUUUAAAAUUUGUGUCUCAUUCUACAAAAUGUUACAUUUGUGCAAACACUAUCCUGACAUAUUUAUCCAAUACUUGAUGAGGUAUUUUGAAACAUGUUUAUCGCACUUUGUCAACCGCUGGUGAAGAAGCUAUUCACGUUAUUCCUCACCAAUGCAUGGAAUAUAUCAUUUACUUUUGUAAUAAAAAUGUAAUAAUAAUAAAAUGUUGAAUACAUGUAUAUGUAAAUGUAGAAUUUAGAGUAAAUCAUUUAUGACAGUACAUUUAUUAGAUUAUGUAACUGUUAUCCUUUAACAACUUAGUUUUACACAAUAAUAG